CUGGGCGACGUCGACAGUCUCAGACUGGUCAUGCUGAUGAUUUUGAGUUUGCCGAUGACGCCGUCCUACUCGCAACAACUCGUGCUGCAGCCGACCUGUCCCUGUCCGCCUUCUGCGAUGUGGCAUCCAGCUUUGGCCUCACGGUCAGCAUGACGAAGACUAAGCUACUGGUCGCGGGCUAUGGAGUCGCUGCCGCUGAUUGUUCCGAUCUGGCAGUUGGCAAUGAAAGGGUUGAAGCUGUUACCUCCUUCCCCUAUCUUGGAUCUGUUAUAACUCCGGAUUCGCGAGCUCAUGCCGAUGUCCAGAGCCGCCUUGCGAAGGGUGCCAGGGCCUUUGGCUGUCUUCGGCGGAUUUUACAUGAUCAGAGCCUGAACCUGCCUACUCGACGGCAUUUGUAUGUGGUAUGUGUUCUCACCACGGUUUUGUAUGGCUCGGAGUGUUGGACCCCAUUGAAGUCGGACUUGGACAAGCUGGACAGGUUCCAUCACGCCAACCUACGGUCAAUCCUUGGCAUUUCGCGCGGCCGCCAGUGGGAGCAGCACAUUACAUCGGAGCAACUACGCACACAGUGGGGUGACCCUACUCCACUGUCGUGCAUUGUACAGCUAAGACGCUUGGAGUGGCUUGGGCACCUAGCUCGGCUUGAUAACAAUCGGUUACCCAAGCAGUUGCUCUUCGCUCAUCUUCCACGAACCCGCCCGUUUUGCGGCCCCCGACAUCGCUGGAAGGACGUUGUCCAGGCUGAUUUGACUGUGGCCGGUGUGCACAAUUGGUUCCAAUCAGCCAAUGAUCGCGGAGAGUGGCGUGACAUAGUGUCGGCAGCAGCGGGGGUGAAGGAGCCUGCCCCGAAGACGAUUGUGUGCCACGUUUGCGGCCGCCUGUUUCGUCGGCGCGCCGACAUGGCCCGGCACAAGUGCACAGCAGUCCGACAGCUCCCCGUAUCACAGCAGCCUGGGUCGGUGCAGUGUCCUGCCUGCAGUAGAUGGCUCCGGAGCAGGGGUGGGCUUGCAGUGCAUAAGUGCCUAGGGAGUGACAACUGUGACGACCGACCGCCUUUUGAUGCUCCUCCUGUUGCCGAGGUCCCGGUGUGUACUGCCUGCCAGCGUACUUUCAAGUCUACUGCUGGUCUCAAGCGCCAUCGCUGUGGACCCCGCCCGAAGCGCCCUACAGUGACUGAUCGCCAGCACUUUGAACAUCAUUGCCGAGUCUGUAGUCAACGCCAGUUUCGGAGGCGACAGGACCUGGAGCGCCAUUUGAAGCACUGCCUACCUCUCCCCUAACCUCUCUGACAGUACCUCCCUUUGGGGAGCGGCGUGGCCAUUUCUGGCAGCUGUCAAUAGUAGUAGUAGUA